UCACAAUCCCAGUCGGCGUGAGUGAGCGCGCGUCGGCGACGGUUCCGGUUCGCGUUUCGUUCGCUUCGUUCGUUUUUCUGUUUUCGGAGAGAGCCACGACACGACACGCCGACGAGCUGCGAAGGGCCGUCGGAAAAACAAAUUUUCUAAUUUCCCAUUGGCUUCCCAGCUGAAGAUGCCACCUGCUGCUGCUGCUGCUGCUUCUGCUGCUGCUGCAUGACUGACGUGGACAGACUUCCAGACAGCUCUUCCCCCCACCCACCAGAGAUCACACAGUUCUGGCGCGCUGGGCAUGGCUACAACAGCGACGAGCACAACGCCAGCCCCAACGAGGACUCCCACAAACGGUGCCAACGCCAUCACAGCUUCUGCUUCAGCUUCAGCUUCAGCUGCACCGCCCAGAGGAGGCCCUGAAUCUCCGGGAGCCAUUAUGCCGACGGGUGCCAGUGCGUCGCCCAGCGUCUCCCUAGCCAUGACAGCGGUGCCAAUGCCAAUGCCAAUGCCAAUGCCGUCGCACGUCCAUCUUCUGGCCGGUAGCGGUGGCCAGCCGACGGCAAUGACGCCCGUUUCGCCCACAGCCGCACCCACAGUCCUCACACAGCCGCACAGCCUCAGCCCAUCCGCGCCAAUGAUGGCCCAGGGAACACCACCCGCUCCCACCAUGGUGGGCGGGCUCUUCUGCGGGGGAAACGGAAACGCACCUGCAGCAACGGCCACCGCCACUGCCACCAAUCUGAACGCUUUGGCCUCGCAGCACCGCCUGCUGGAACUGUCCCGCUUCGGACUGCGAGGAUACGAUCUGGCGCAGCACAUGCUCUCCCAGCAAGGAGCCGUCUCCAAGCUGCUAGGCACUCUGCGACCACCGGGCCUCAUCGGCGGCUCCAAGCCGAAGGUGGCCACCCCAACGGUUGUCUCCAAGAUCGAGCAGUACAAGCGCGAGAAUCCAACGAUUUUCGCGUGGGAAAUACGCGAGCGACUGAUCAGCGAAGGUGUCUGCACGAAUGCCACCGCCCCGUCGGUGAGCAGCAUCAAUCGCAUUCUGCGCAACCGCGCCGCCGAGCGCGCCGCAGCGGAGUUCGCCCGUGCCGCCAGCUACGGCUAUGCGAUGCAUCCGACGCACCCACAUCCGUACACGAGCUUUCCCACGUGGCCCGGCCACCAUCCGCUGUGGGGCGCUGUGCCCCUGCCCGCCGGCGGAGCUCCUCCCGGCGGCAGCAGCAGCUACGGCAGCGACGCCAAUUCCAAUUCCCAUUCCCAUUCCAAUGCCAACUCCCACAACACGAACAGCGGCAGCGCCUGCGGGGAGAGCAGUGCGGGCAGUGGACGUCUCUCCUUGCCGGCCCUCUCGCCGGAGUCGGGCAGCAGGGAGAGCAGGAGCAGGGAGAGCAGGAGCAGCCGCUCCCCGGAGCUGGAUGCGGAGGCCAACCGUGUGAUUGAUAUCGAGGGGGAGGACAGCGAGUCGCAGGACAGCGAUCAGCCGAAGUUCCGCCGCAACCGCACAACCUUCAGCCCCGAGCAGCUGGACGAACUGGAGAGGGAGUUCGAGAAGUCGCACUAUCCGUGUGUGAGCACCCGCGAGAAGCUGGCUGGCAGGACCGCGCUGAGCGAGGCGCGGGUGCAGGUUUGGUUUUCCAACAGACGAGCGAAAUGGCGGCGCCACCAGCGGGUCAACUUGAUCAAGCAGCGCGACUCGACAUCGACCUCCACAUCGCCAACGCCGCCCACGCCUGCCGGGGGACCAGCGCCAGUUGCCUCGAUGCCCGAGCCUGGUGCCCAAAAGCCGCUGGAGCAACACGCGUAUCCGGGCAUCCAUCGGCAUCCCUACAACACCAGCCACAUCCGCAGCAACAGCAGCCCCAGCAGCUGCCCCAGCAGCUGCCCCAGCAACAACAUCCUCGAGGUGGAAGCUCCGGCAACAGCAGCUCCUGCCUCACCCACAGCAUCAGCUCCAUUAUCAAUGGGCGGUGAGCACAGUGCGUUCCGCAGCCUGCCCAUGCCGAUGCCCAUGCCCAUGCCCAUGUCCAUGCCCAUGUCGAUGCACAUGCCGAUGCCCAUACCCCAGGCCUCGGCGGCAGCCUUCGCCCUGAACUUUGCUCGCCAGUACAUAGCCAAGUACAUGGCCACGCCGCAGAUGAAUCCGAUUGGACCCCUGGAUAUGGAUCCAGAGGAGCAGCAGCAGGAGCAGGAGGAGGAGGAGAUCAACGUGGAGCAACACGAUGCAGAGGGAGACGCAGAGGAGGCGGCAUAGAGCUAUCCGCACAUGCAACGCAUAUUGGCCCAUCCAAUCCCAUCCCACAGAGUGAUGAUCCAUCGGAGCCAUGGGAAGAAAGAACCGAAGCGCUCUCUGUGUGUGUGUGUGUGUGUGAGUGCUCUUCCUAUCGCUUUAAAUGGAGAGAAUAUUUAGUGCAAUUUUUACUUAAUUUAUUCAGUUUGUACGAGUUUGUAUCUCUGACCCUAACCGCGUGCUGAGUACAAAUAAAACCGAACCGAUCCGAA